GGAUAGGGAUUUCUUUCGAAAGAGGAUUGCGUGAUGAACGUGGCGAGAUGUCACGAAAUAUAUAGCAUAAGUAAGGCAGAUUGAAAGCCAGAAUAUUUGUCCAAACAUUCCAACAGAAUAAUGCAAAAAAGUACCUGGACUGGAGGGCAUACAUCAACUGUUAUUUCUGUAGACGUGAACAAAGAAGGUGUUGUAGCUUCAGGUGGUGAGGGAGAACUUACAGUCUGGUCAAAAGAUGGGUCAUCUCAUAACAAACUCCUCUGUCCUUUGCCAUCACUGACCCAGCCGAAUGAUUCGAAAGACAUCAACGGUAUCUGCUUUUGCGUGAAAAAUCCAGAACGUUUAUAUGCAUCAUGUGGGAACAAAGUGUUUGGUUAUGAUCUCAGAAACCCGUCAUCAGCUGUUUGUGAAUUUGAAUUCAACCCGGAUGAAAUUAACCAGGUAGCUAUUCACGACAAGGGAGGUUUUCUUGCCGCGUGCGAUGACAGCGGUGAUAUCAAAGUGAUUGACGUGCAAGCAGGAAGGUUGUUCAAGACACUGCAUAGUAGAAAUGAUAGCAUAUGUUCAACAGUUCAGUUUAGGCCAAACAGACCGUGGGAAAUAGCGUCUGGGACUAUGGAUUACAGAAUUGUCAGUUGGGACUUCUCAUCUGGGAGAGCACUUCAGGAACUUAAUGUCCAAGAGCUAGAUGAGGACAGUUAUGAAGGAGCCUAUUUUCUCAACCCACCUUUUGUUCACUCUAUUCAUAUGGCAGGAGAUGGUAGGAUGUUUGCAGCUGGACUAGGGAAUGGCAACAUCCAACUCUUCAGGUUUGAAGGCAAGAAAAAAUUUGUUCUCAAUGAGUGUCUAAAGAAGCAUUCUUCCAGCAUAACCCAGGUCCACUUUGCUAGAUUUCGUCCAAACAACUUACUGGUAUCAGGCGGAGAUGACAGUAGGAUUGUUGCUUGGAAUUUAUGCGGUAGUGCAGGCAGUGGUGCCUCAGGUCCAGAGCCCAAUCUUGCAGCAAAUGGGAGUGCUGUUAGCAUUGCCCAUGAAAUCAACCAUGGGUCCAAGAUAAAUUGGAUAACAUCUGGUUCACAGAGGGAAAGUAUAUUUGUGGCUGAUCUAACAUGUGACAUCUCGCUGUACCAUAUAUUAUGACAGCUGUUGACAUACAUGUAUUUGAGGUGGAUGAGUGCCAUGCUGGACCAUAACAAUUAAAAGAAACUAUUUAAUUAAAGGUGACACAAUUACCGGUAAACAAGUAGUUUUCAUCAUGGCUCCUUCAUUUAGGAUGCUCAAAUGGCAAGAAACAACCAAUAAAAUCAAACAUGACAUGAUUUAAACCAAAGUGGCAGGAGGCAAACCAGUUGGCUGGUUACAAGCACAGAACAGCAGUUGAACAAGGGACUACACAAAAACAAAUUCAUGGGGGGUGGACUGAGUGGGAUGUGAACCCUGGACCUUAUCUUGUAAUCAGACCUUCUAAGGCCAAGCGGUGAGAACGUUUCUGUUACAGUUACUCAGAAGGAUCUGAGUACUAGAUUACCCUGGACCUACACUUUCCCAUGCUAACACCACAAGGAAAGCACAAAGCUGUCAGACAGCCACUACUCAUCAUUCUAUUUGAUAAUACUCUCCCUCUUGUCUCCCAAUUAUUUAUUCUCCCAACUGACUGUCAUACAUUUCUUUAUAAAUUAGUCAAGAGAAUUCUAUUGUUAAUCAGGAUAAAACCCUCAAGCUGACAAGCUUUUCUGUCCUCAUAACCUGUUUGCAAGACAAUAUAUCAGAAGAGUCCUUUUUACAGUUGUGGGCUUGAUGACCAAGCCUUUGAACAAGAGUGAGGCUUCG